UAUUAGAGAGCAAAGCAGGAAGCUGUUCCAACAGGUGCAGAGCGAUAAAAAGGGAUUGUAAAAUGAGAACUUCCCAGCUGUCCUGGCCCCCGAGCUGCACUGGAGUCAAGACCACGUAUCUACAGAUUUGAGCACAAUCCAAUCCAAACUCUCCCUCACUGACACCGCUGUGCCAGGGGAUUUGGGGCGACCCCUCCUCCCACCCUCUUUCCAGCUGAGUCUCUUUCCAGAGACUGAAAAGAGAAGCAGGCAAAGCUUGGUGGAUGACACUCCUGAAGCUCCAGAGCUUGGCAGAUCUGGAAGUGGUGUUCCCCCAAGUGGUUUAUAAGGUGCAUCCAGAGAAGAGCUGGGCUACAAUCUGGACACUGCAGAAAAGUGACAACCUACAGCUGACUGGAUGAAAUACUUCUACUCUUAGAUGUAAAGCCUCCUCAGCCUAAACAGGUCCAGGAAUCCUCUCCUUCAACGGGUGACAACCCUGCCAUGGAGGAACCCUUCUUGACAACUUGUGAGGACAUUGGCUGGAGGAGACAAAACCUGCCACAGAACACUCACCAACAGUCUCAUCCAGCAGAAAUGUCGCCUGAAUAAGGCUGGGGAAUGCCUACUGCCCCUGGCAUCUCCAAACUGGGGUUUGUUUUUCCUCUCCUACACAGAAGCUUCACCCUGUGGCUUAUUUGGUUUGGAUUAGGUAUACUGUCUGAGCCAAAUUAAUAAGGCUACUAUCUGGUGAAGAAAGGAGAGACAUUCAAUGGAAGAUACCACGUGGUCCAAAAUCUGGGCUAUGGGUAUUUCUCAACAGUCUGGCUUUGCCAAGACACUGGGAAAAAGAGGUGUGUGGCUGUGAAGGUACCCAAAGGAGGGGAAAAUUUUGCUGAGGCAGCCCUGGAUGAAGUCAUGCUCCUUCGCUGUGUGAAUAGCAAGAGGAGGAAAGACCAAGGCAGCAAACACAUCAUCCACCUCUUGGAUGAUUUCAAAAUGAUUGGAGAAAAUGGCUUCCAUGUUUGCUUAGUGAUGGAGCUGCUGGGACCUUCACUGCAGACUUUGCUGAGCAUCAGAGGCUCCCAAGGCCUCCCUCUGCCCUUUGUGAAGAAGACCAUGCGCCAGGUACUCCAAGGCUUGCAUUUCCUGCACAAGGAAUGUCGCAUCAUCCAUACAGACAUCAAGCCGGACAACAUCCUGCUGUAUGUCACUGAAGAGAGCCUGCAAGAUAUGGUUUCUUUGGAACACGGCAUGAGAGCAAACCAAAAAUCCAGGACAGGAGAGGAUGGCCCAGCAGCUCUUCUGGACUGUUGCAACCUAAUGAAGAUGGGAGUGAAAAUUGCAGACCUCGGAAGUGCCUGCUGGACUUAUAAGCCCUUCUCCAAAAAGAUCCAGACCCAGCCCUACAGAGCUCUGGAGGUUCUUCUUGGAUUAGAGUACAGCACCCCAGCUGAUAUCUGGAGCACAGCAUGCGUGGCAUUUGAACUGGCAACUGGAAAGCACCUUUUUGAACCUCAGGCCGGGCAGUAUUUUUCCAGAGACGAUGAUCAUGUGGCUCGGAUCAUUGAACUCCUGGGCAAAAUCCCACCCAAAAUUGCUUUGCUUUGGAAGCAGACAUCAACUUUCUUCAGCAGACAAGGGGCUCUUCUACGGAUGUCCUGGAUCUCUUUCUAUGACCUCUAUCACAUCCUCAUUGAUAAAUACAGCUGGCCAAAGCCACAGGCCACCCUGUUUACCUGUUUUCUCUUGCCAAUGCUGGAGUAUGUCCCAGAGAGAAGAGCACGGGCUGACAAAUGCCUUCAGCACCCCUGGCUUAGCCCCUAAGGAUGCAUCUCCAUGCUUCCUCUGCCAGUCCCAGCAGAGAUACGGAAGGCAGGUGAAUAUCCCCUGCACACAGUUUCUUAGGACCAAACUAGCUAUGAUGUUAGCUGUGUGGAUUCAGUUUGGUGUUUUGGGUAAGGUAGACUGCAGGUUUCCAGUAAAGAGAGUAAAGCAAGGAUUUUUUUCUUCUGGCCAUGGUCUUCCAGGCACUUUCUUUGAAGCCAAAACAGCAGGUUUGGAAAAGAAGGGUUUGGGUGGUUUUAGACAGAGGGAUUUUAAUGAUACCAAUUAAAAUCAAGCCAUUCCAUCUUCUCCUCUGUAACAUUUUUUCUUGGUAAGAAAAAUGACAAAAGAAGUAGCAGGGAUGACAAGGGAGGCUUACAAAUAGAAGCUCUUCUGCAAAAAUCUAUGGCUGAGCCAACUGCAAAGUAAAAAAAAGGAGGAAAAGAAAUAAUUAAACUGCUCUUCUUCGCUUUCCAUGGUCCUCGGGGCUGCUCAAACUUCCUCAAGGUUGUAACAUACAUAACAAAACACAUGCAUCAUUAACCACAUUUACACACUUAAACAUCAUUGCUAGUUUGGCCUUUUGUACAUUGGGAAUGAGGCUAACCGCAUUAUGACUGUGUAAUCCCAGCCAAUCACUGCUAGAGGGCUGGGGUUUUGUUUGUGGGUUAGUUCAGUGUUCAACUGUCCUGAUGACUGGGAAGUUUUUUUUAAUGGCAUCGCAGGUAAUCCACCAAUCAGCUCUUUGCGCAGAAGUCUUCUACAUCAAACUUGCAGAAACACCCCCCAUUCCCCGUGGCACUUAAGAAAGAUGUGUUUGUCUAGAACAGUGAUGGGGAACCUAUGACACAAGUAUCAAAGAUGACCUGCCACGUUUGGGGGGACACGCCAGCAUUCACCAACACCCAACCACAACUAUUCUCCCUGUUUGAGUUACCAAAGAAACUGAGUUUGUUU